UGUGAUUUCGUGUUUCACGAUUUUUCAAUUUUAUUUUAUCGGCGUUUUGUUUCUUAAAAUAUGUUGGUUAAUUAGCAAUAACUGAACCGUAGACAAUUGAAGAACAAACGAUGGAGGCGUUAUAUCAUCAGACUAAUCAGUUGAUACAGGAAACUUCCGACUUGUUUACUAAGCUUGAAAAGGAUACUCAAAACAAUGAAGAAAUUGAGAAUAUUAUUCAGUCCAAGAUUAAUGCUAUUAGUGCGAACUGCGAGAAGUUGGACAUAUUUGUGUUCAAGACCCCUAUUAAUCAGAGACCCAUGGCAAAGAUGAGGGUCGAACAGCUCAAAUAUGACAAUAAGCAUAUACAGGCAUCACUUAACAGCGCACAGAAUAAGAGAUUGCGUAGGGAACAAGAACGUAAAGAACGAGAGCAGCUAUUGAGCAGGCGAUUUGGUCCAGGCAGUGAUCACACGUCGAUCACAGUUGACUAUUUGGGGCAGGAACAGUUGUCUUUGCAAAACUCACAUCGGAACGUUGAUGAAAUGCUGCACACAGGUGCAAACAUCUUAGAUACGUUAAAAUACAACAGGGAGACAAUAAAAGGUGCUCACCGAAGACUGAUCGACUUAGCAAACACACUGGGCCUAUCAAACGCGACGAUUUCUCUUAUAGAGCGGCGAGUGUCCCAGGACAAGUAUGUGUUAUUUGGGGGCAUGUUCGUUACACUCGCUAUCAUAGUCCUGGUUAUAAUAUACCUCGUUUAACGUUGUGAUUAUUUAUAUUACGUUUUUUAUAUGUGAUUAAUGUGAUACAGAACGAGGCAAGUUGUAAAUUCAAAGAUUAUACUUCUGCCUUCUUUAUCAUCAUAACUAUCGACAUUUUUAGCGAAAUAGAGUUAUUAACAAAUCUGGCAUCAGCGAAACGAGAUCUACAAUCCUCUAUAAGCGGUUUUUUUAAUAUCUUACUUAGUUUUAUUGUUAAAAGUCAAUACUACCUCAGCUAGAAUUAAAAUUACCGUAUUAAAACUAAUACGGUUCAUUUUGCUUGGGUCGAGCGGCAGGGACACUGGUUUUAUUUCAAAAUUCAUUUUUUACAAACGAAAUUAAAGCCAUUUGAAAUAUGUAUAUCGUAUACUAUACGUGUUCUAUAUAGUUCAGUUCACAUAUAAAAUACAUUGGUACAUGUACGAGAAAAUUUUUAGGAUCGCGUUUUCACACCGUGUACUAAUCAGUCUGUGUCCUCAAUUUUACUAUAUAUUUUUUCCAAAGAGACUGAUUCAACACUUUCAUUGUAUGCGGAAUCAACCAAAGUCAUUUGAGGUUGUAUACACUCCUAAGUAUAGUCAGCGUAAUAGACAUUUUUCAAAGAAAAAGAUAAAAAAUUUUCGGUGCCAAUAUCUCGAAAACCAAAAUGUGAAUGCGUUAAUUAUGAUGACAAGGAGGAGGGCAGGAUUGGUAGAUAGGUUUUUGCGUAAUACUUUUUAAGUUACUGGCAUUAAUUUAUAAAAAUUCAUUAAAAAAUCUUGAGACAUGGCCAUGUUUCAUUAUAUAGCCUAAACACUCACACCCCCUGCGUGAGUGUCGGGUAUUUCUUAUUGAUACCACAUAUAAAUAGAAAAAAGUGAACCACUCUACCCCAGCAGCUAUACAUACCUUGAAAAAACGUUUGGAUAAAGUUGGCAUACAUAAUGUUUACUGUAUUAUCUGUAAAGGGAUCUUUUAGUAUGGAAAACAGUGAAGGUUUCAAUGUAAAGUAGUGAGAAAAUGAAAAAAAUACAUUGUAGUUUUUUACAUAAAUGUAAAAAAGUUUGCAGUCUGCUACCAACACCAUGCAGAAAUAAAAUUAGUUUCCUACUACCUACCAACUUUUAGAAAUAGUGUAAAGGAGCGGCAAGCAAGGUGGGAAUAAAUCUGUACCUAAUCUGGUAUAGUUUUGUAUUAAUGUGCUACGUCAGAAAGUAUCGAGUUUUUAGGUUUUCGUGAUUGUUAUACAUUGGCAAUGAAACUAUUUUUUCGGAUCUAAAACACGUAUAUUUGUUUUUUCAAACAAAACCAACGUUUCGGGCCCAUUACUGGUUCCAUGGUCACGGCCGGCUGGUUACGGGCGCCUUUAAAUGAAGUGCUUGUUGAACUAUGGCGCAGCAGCAGUGCAUUUGUAGCGCUUCAGUGAUUUUUAGUUCACUAAUCGUGACUGCAAAAGUGCACUUCAAAAAUAUUGUAUGAAAAUUAAUUGUGGCGCCACUGUAACGCUUCUAUAAGCGUCCAAUAUGAAGGGGCCUUUAUAUUCGAAAAAAUAGUUUCAUUUAGAAACUAUUUUUUCGGAUUUAGUGGCGCUGCAACAGCACUUCGAACUUUUGUAUGAAAAUUAGUAAUGGCGAGCGUGUAGUGCCACAAUGUAGCGCUUCUAUAAAGGUCUAA